GAAAACGCAGCUUCUGACCGCCAGCAUCACCGAGACCAACCAGGAGGGCGGACGAUGCGAUGAAUACGGGCGGCCGGCGACAGCUUUCGGGGCGGAGCGGCGCUUAAAUAGCGGCUCUUCUUCUCAGAGAGGCGUCGCGGAGCAGAGACACGGAGGCUGACGCUCCAUCUCUAAAGAGUUUUUCGUAACCAUGAUGUCACUACACACUCCUCCCCUCUCUCGCUCUGGGUCCUCCCCUUCGAAUGUGGGUUUAGCCAACCGCAGUGGCUCCUCCGCCACCCCGCCCACUUCCCUCAGUCUUCGUUCUUCGUACAACCAACUCCUUGGACAUGACAUCAUCAAAGAGGCCACUGGAAUGAAAACUGGAAGCUCAGCCACUUUGCCAAAAAGCCGUCAGAGGUAUGCAAUGACCAGCUUGCAGAGUGCCAUGGGGAUUAGUGAAAAUUCUGCCCCAUCUUCCAAAAACCAACCUGUUAGUAGAGGGAGGGGCCUCCCGAAAAAAUCCUCCUCCAGUUCUGCACUCUACUCUUCUUCUUCUUCCUCCUCAUUGUUUAAUACAACCAACCCAAAACUGGCAAAGAAUGGCGCCAACAUGCAGCGACGGGCCGAGAGCCAGCAGAUGGAGCUGAGCAGGGCCACAACUGAGGGCAAAAUUCACAAUGAUCUCAUCCAUAACCCCAGCUGUGACUGGAUGGAAUUUAAACAAGACAAUUCACAGCUGCCUCCGUUCCGUAGAAGAACAAAGAGCUUCCUGGAGUAUCAUGAGAAGGGCUGGGAUCUGGACCUCAGCUGGGGAAACAAAGAAGAAACGAAGGAAAACAAGCAGCAACCCUCUCCAGAAAAGGAGCAGGCCAGCCCCUCCAAGGAGAGGGAAAGUCAAAAGGAGGAGAAGACAAGCAGCAGACAAGUCUACCAGGAGCAGAAGGAAGAGGUGGAGGCAGUGGUAGAGGAAGAGGAAGAAGAUGAGUCUACGCCAACGCCUAGACAACCUUUGCUACCAGUGGUGGUUGAGGCCCCUCUCUCCUCCUCCUCUGCUUCUUCUUCCACUAACAGCCCAGAUUGGAUUCCAGACAACCAAAAGCCCCUACUGAUCCCAGCUACAGGCCAGACUGUGGAGGAGCCGUUUAUGCAGGGUCAAGCAAGCCCACGAAACACUGGAAGUCCAGCUAAGCCUCCUCGAAGCGCCCAACCCAGGGUGAUCAAGGUGGAGCUUCACCCAAACAAUGAGAACCAGUUCCUGCAGCAGUACCCACAAUCCUCCCCUAAACAGGCCCGAAGUGGGGAGAGAAGUACUCCAACUAGAAAUCAGACAACCGCUUUGGUGCCAGAUGUUGAACCAGAGAGUGGAAACCCUAAAGUGGGCUUAAAAAUAGAUGUGACACCUGACAGUCCAUCAGAGGAUGAAGACUCCAGCUGGACCACCCUGUCACAGGAGACACCGUCACCUCAGACGCCACACGAGAAAGCAGAUGUUUGGGGAGAGGGGGACCUACCGCCCGGCUGGCGUGAGAUCUCAGACUCCUCUGAGGUCUAUUUCUGGCAUGUGCCAACAGGCACCACACAGUACCACCGACCUGUUUCCUCUGUCAUCCAAAGCACAUCUCCUAAUGCUGAACCUGACACUCAGAAUGAUCCACAACAGGAAACCAUGGACUGUCUGAAACCACCCAAUGAGCGCCCCAGCAGUCUGAUAUCUGACAGCUCUGUGGAGGCCGUCCCCUCUCCCUGUGGCUCCUCCCGCUCAUCCGCCUCCUCGGCCUCCUGCACCCCCUCCAAUGAUGUCAUCUCUUCUGGACAGCUGCUCAGCGCCACCACCUGUACAGCCAAUGAGCUGAAGGACUACCCAGUCUACCCAGAUCCCAGUCUGAAGGCAUUUGAAGGGGCCACUCUCCGCUAUGCUUCACUUAAACUAAAUCCUCCAGCCCAGCUGGAGACGGUGGACCUUAACAACACCUUUUCUGAUUCGGAGGCCAUGUCAUUCCCGGUGCGUUCUCUGGGUUGGGUGGAGAUGGCGGAGCAGGACUUGUGUGAAGGCCGGAGCAGCGUUGCCGUCCACCACUGUAUCAGACAGCUGUCCUACUGUAGGAGGGACAUACGGGACUCAGCCGGCGUCUGGGGGGAGGGUAAAGGCAUGCUGCUGGUGCUUCAGGAUCGAAUGCUGACUUUAGUUGACCCAGAUGAUCGCAGUCUUCUCCACUCGCAGCCAAUCAGCAGCAUCCGUGUCUGGGGCGUCGGCCGAGACCACGACAGAGAAAGGGACUUUGCCUAUGUGGCGAGAGACAAAAACACAAGGGUGCUGAAAUGCCACGUAUUCCGAUGUGAUACCCCAGCUGCAGCCAUCGCCACGAGUCUCCACGAAAUCUGUUCUAAGAUUAUGGCUGAAAGGAAAAGUGCCAAGGCUGCAGCUGGCAGCUCCUUGCAGACGGGCGCCGAUGUUCCCCUACAAGAGUUUCCUAUGCCAAAGACUGAGUUGGUGCAGAAGUUCCAUGUGCUGUACCUCGGUAUGACAUCAGUGUCUCGCCCCAUAGGUAUGGACAUCAUAAAUGGGGCCAUCGACACCCUCCUGUCCUCCACAGGCAAAGAAGACUGGACUCCUGUCAUACUGAGUAUUGCUGACACAACUGUGGCUGUCAUCAAAGAAAAGGAAGAGGAGGAGGAGGCGUUGGUGGAGUGUCGUGUCCGCUUCUUAUCCUUCAUGGGUGUGGGGAGGGAUGUGCACACAUUUGCCUUCAUCAUGGACACGGGGAACCAGCACUUCCAGUGCCAUGUGUUCUGGUGCGACCCCAAUGCAGGCAGUGUGUCUGAGGCUGUCCAGGCAGCAUGUGUGCUACGGUACCAGAAGUGUCUGGUGGCACGGCCUCCCUCCCAGCGUGCUGGCUCCUCCUCUUCACCCUCUUCAGACUCGGUGACCCGCAGGGUGACAACAAGUGUGAAACGUGGUGUCCAAUCUCUUAUAGACACUCUGAAACCCAAGAAACAGCCACAAUCAGAACUCCCCCAACAAUGACCAAUACCAGUGACCAUGCCCACCCAAAGCCCAGAUGGCACGUUCACUAUCGUCACAAAAAAACACCACCUAAUCAACAGCAGCCAUGAUGUACAUACAGGUUAUCAAACACCACUGCAGAUAAAUGAUCUUCAAGUAGCCCCGUUGAUUCCAAAAAACUGAAAAGCAAAACAUCAUUCAAGAGGAGGAGGAUCGGUAAAGCUGCAGCUUGUUUGAAGCUGCAUACUGGUGUCUCUGGUUGAACUUUGAUCCCUGAACACUACUGCAUCUUAAAUGGAACCCAGUUUUCAGCAUCAGAGGCUUUUACAUGGAUUUCUGCUUGAUGGAUUAUUUGAGCACCUACACCACAGAGAGCAAAUAGGACUUCCCAGGAUCAAAUUAUCAAAUUUCCAUAAAGUUAUGGAAUAACUCAUUGAUUUUCUCAAUUUCCUUUCAUGCACAGUCUCCUGUGAAAACAUUCAUCAUCAGCACAGCCAUUUGUCUGGUGAGAUAACAAACGGUCUUUGCUGUGGUUUAAGUUUGAAUGGGAAAAUCAUGUAAGACCUGUCGGCACCUUCGCUGGCCAGCAAACUGCUGGAAAUGUUUUUCUUCCUUUGAAAUGUGAUGAAAAGAUGCAGUUUAAAGAGGAACAGUGUGAUUGUAAUAAUGAAAUGUAUAUUAAUAAUUGUAUGUACUAGGAGAGUACAGGACAUGAGUCAUAGAAGAGCUUUGGUUUUGCAUGUUAAAUUGAUGGGAUGUUACAUAUCGAUAAUUAAGGAAGAUCUCAGAAGAAUUGUGAA